GGCCGCGCGAUAAUGCGACCAAAGCCCUCUCAAACCCCUCUUCCUCACUCGCUUCCCAACCGCGAAUAACACGGAGACGACAAUAGUAUCCUCGUAAGAUGUCUGUCACUGGUACAAGAAUACAGACCUACGAGGAUUUCGUCAAAGUUCACGGUCUGCUAUUGGCUGCCUCCGGACUACCUCGAUCGCUGCACUACAAACUGUUCGAGAAACUUGCUGCAGAGACCUUCGAUGGCGGCGCCUACUUCCAAGUCGAGCCGUGCGAGGAGGGCCGUCAGAGGCGGCUCGUCCUCACCUCCGACUCUAUGCCCGAAGUGUCCAACGUUUUUCUCGUCGACCAUGCCUGGACUUUUCGUCUCGCCGAUGCUUACAAACAGCUACAAGAAGUCCCAGGGUUGGCUCAGAGAAUGGCUUCUUUAAUGUGUGUAGAUAUUGAUUUGAAUUCUGAUGCUGAAGACGGGGAUGGAGUUUCACAAGAAAACAAUUCCAAAUUGAAUGCCAUGGAUGUGAUUGAGAACGAAAUUAAUGAUGCGAAAGUGAAAGGCUGUGAUGCUGUUAGGUGGGUGGAGCUUGAGGAGCUGGACGUUGAUGAUGAUAUGCUGCUUUCUCUUGAUUUGUCGAGUAAAUUUCCGGAUUUGCUAGCACUUAGCCUGUGUGAAAACAAGCUUGAGAGUGUAGAAAUAGUUGUGCAAGAAGUUACCAAGUUCAAAAAUCUAAGGGCUCUCUGGCUGAAUAACAAUCCACUUUUAAGAAACUGUAAUAGUCAUAUGGAAGAAGCAAUUGUCCAAGGUUGUCCAAGAUUGGAAAUCUACAACUCACAUUUCACCAGCAAUUUUGGUGGGUGGGCCUUGGGAUUUUGUGGAGGAGUGUAUGACAAGGAUAAUCCCGGCUGUGUCAAUCAGAGUGACUUUCAAUUGCAGAGUGUGACAUCUCUUGACCUUUCAAACAGAUGUAUUCGUUCUUUGGUUAACAAGGCAUUUUCUCCUGUUGAGAUGCCAUCUCUUUCACAUUUGAAUAUUCGGGGAAAUCCAUUGGAGCAGAAUUCAGUUCAUGAACUAUUGGAAGUUUUGAAGGGAUUUCCUUGUUUACAAGCUUUGGAGGUGGAUAUUCCUGGUUCCCUUGGAGAUAGUGCCAUAGAAAUUGUUGAAUCUCUUCCCAAACUUACUUUGCUGAAUGGUGUUGAUGCAUCAAAAAUAUUGGAGACUGGCAACCAUGUGAUUGAUUCAAUACUUAAGCCCCGUCUUCCUGAAUGGACGGCCAAUGAGCCUCUUGCUGAUCGUGUUGUUAAUGCAAUGUGGUUAUAUAUAAUGACAUAUAGACUUGCAGAUGAGGAAAAAAUUGAUGAAACCUCUGUCUGGUAUGUGAUGGAUGAACUUGGUUCAGCUUUAUGGCACAGUGAUGAGCCAAAUUUCAGGGUAGCUCCUUUUCUCUUCAUGCCAGAGGGGAAGCUGGAAUCGGCUGUGAGCUAUUCCAUAUUAUGGCCCAUCCGGAAUGUUCAUAAUGGAGAUGAGUGCACUCGUGAUUUCCUUUAUGGUAUUGGGGAAGACAAACAACGUUCUGCCAGGCUGACUGCAUAUUUCCAUACACCACAAAGCUAUUUUAUUCAAGAGUAUGAGAAAUUCUAUCAGAAGUUGCAAAUAAAAAAUUUAACUCCUUUGCCAGUGAAGUCUUCUUCAACUAGACAUUUGUGUUGCAGUGAUGGACGCCCUUUACAUGUUUACACUGAUAUACCUCAAGUUGAAGAAUUUUUAACACGUCCUGAAUUUGUAAUCACAACUGAACCCAAGGAUGCAGAUAUCAUAUGGACAAGUAUGCAGGUGGAUGAUGAAAUGAAAAAGGCUACUGGAAUUACAGAUCAGCAAUAUGUAAACCAAUUUCCUUUUGAGGCUUGUCUUGUUAUGAAACAUCAUUUGGCAGAUACUGUUCAGAAGGCCUAUGGGUCUCCUGAAUGGUUGCAACCUACUUAUAAUCUAGAGACACAUCUAUCUCCAUUUAUUGGUGACUAUUCCAUACGUAAAAGAGAUGGAAUGAACAACCUAUGGAUCUUAAAACCUUGGAACAUGGCGCGUACUAUUGAUACAACUGUAAUUGAUAAUUUGUCUGCUAUAAUCCGCCUGAUGGAGACUGGUCCAAAAAUAUGCCAGAAAUAUAUUGAGCACCCUGCAUUGUUUCAAGGGAAGAAAUUUGAUCUCCGUUAUAUAGUGCUAGUUCGGAGUAUGAAGCCUUUGGAAAUAUUUAUUGCAGAUACUUUCUGGGUGAGAUUGGCAAAUAACCAAUACACUCUAGACAAGCACAGCCUUUUUGAGUACGAGACUCACUUCACUGUUAUGAACUAUCGUGGGCGACUGAAUCACAAGAACACGCCAGAGUUUGUUAGUGAAUUUGAACAAGAACAUCAAGUUAAAUGGUUGGAUAUCCAUGAGAGAGUGAAAGCUAUGAUUCGAUCUGUUUUUGAAGCAGCUGCUCAAGUACAUCCAGAAAUGCAUAGUCCAACAUCGAGGGCAAUGUAUGGUGUGGAUGUAAUGCUUGAUCGCUCAUUUCGGCCAAAGUUAUUGGAGGUAACUUACUGUCCUGACUGUACAAGAGCAUGCAAGUAUGAUACACGGUCUAUUUUAGGAGACGGAGAAAUAAUCAAGGGCCAAGAUUUCAUCAAUUACGUGUUUGGUUGUCUAUUUUUGGAUGAAACUACCAAUGUAAGCCCCCUGUAACCGAGUUAUGUAGGCUAAAAUGUGAGGAGACAAUUGAAUACAUCAAUUUAGUAUUUGCACGAUGCGGCUGUUCUAAAAUGUUACUGUUGUUGAGACCUCAAUGAACACGAUUUACACACGGUAGGUGUGGCCUGUAUUUUAUAUUUAAUUAGUCGUUUUACCCGCA